AUGCACCUGCUAGGUAGCCCUUUCGCCGUGAUGAAGAGGAAAGACAUGGUGGUGGACCAUGUCGAUGUCUUCCUCGUCAUCUGCUUCAAGGUGCUGUUGGCCGCGGGGUUCCUUGCACCCAGCGCUUUCGCGUACAGGGCGGGCGGCUGGCGGGCGCUGGUCGGUCUGUGGGCGUGCCUCGAGGGGCUGCACGUGUACUUCAAUCGGCGGCGGAUGAGGCGGCUGGCGACACAGAAGCAGGAGCCCCUCGACUGGGCGGUGGCGAGGCAGGAAGGGACGGAAGCGAUCGAGCAGUUGCUCAAGCUUGGCCCAGACGUCGACCCUCAGGCUUUCAUCAGCGGCUGGUUCCUCCCGAACGAGGGCAGCAAGGCAGCAGGGGCGAACGCUCCGGUGCAGUUCGAGGACGUGCGACGCGGGAACCUGAUCGAGCUGAUCGCCUACGGCUUCUUCUACCGCUCUGUCGACGAGCUCCGGCAGGAGGACCCCGCGGCGAUCGCGCACGUCGACGCCAUGGUCACGCGCCUCCUCGACACAUGGAGCAUCUCCUGCCCGGCGGGGCACAACCCGAAGAUCCGCGUGAAGGCUCACUUGUGGGAACCCGUCAGGCAGAUGCACCUCCCGCUCGCGCUGUACCUGUUCUCCGAGCUCCUCGGCCACUGGACCAAGCUGGCCCUGCCCCUCUACGGGUACCGGCAGACGGCGCUGGGCUACUACGUGCUGCCGGCGCGGCCCGCGCAGGACGGAGCGCGGCAACGCGGGUGGCUGGCCUGGGCGCGCGCGCAGGUCGCUGCCUGCGCGGCGGCCGCCACGAGGGUUGCGGCGCGGCCCGUGGUGCGCAGGCUGCUCGCGCUGGAGCUCGAGCGCGGGGGGCUGGGGGCGAGCGAGCGGUCCAGCAGGGGGCACUCGCGGACCUCGUCCUGGGGCUGGGCGGCGGCGGGCAGCGACACGGCGAGCGACACAACGGAGGAUGCUGUUGCAGAGGCCAGCCUUUCGAACGUGACGCGGCGGAGCGGCAAGGCGCCGCACGGGGGCAGCCUGCGCUCGCGACACGCGUCGCAGAACGCGUUCCUGGGGCGGGACGUCCCGCGGUCGCGCGAGGGCCACGGGGCUGGCGUGGCGAUCGUGGUGCUGCAUGGGCUGGGCGUGGGCCUGAUGCCGUACACGAUGUUGAUGCGGCGGCUGUCGCGGCGGUUCCCGGAGUGCCCCAUCGUCGCGAAGGAGCUCACGCACGCCGCGUUGCGCUUCCCGUCGCUCAGCGAGUCUUUGCACGCGGGCCAUGUGCCGACGCCGGACGAGGUGGCUGACGAGGUGCACGAGCAGCUCCAGGCGCUGGGAUACGAGCGAGCGCUGCUCGUCGGGCACUCGUACGGCACGUUCGUCGCGGCGCGGUUCUGUCGGAUGUACCCGGAGAUGACGCACGGCAUCUGUUUGCUGGAUCCAGUGUCGCUCAUGUGCUGCGCCCCCGACCUCCUCUCGCGGUUCGUGUACGAGACCGUGCGCCCCGUGCGCGACGUCUCGUCGCUCAUGAUGGACGUCACGAAGGUCGCCUGCGCGCAAGACCCCGUUGUGGCCCACGCCAUGUCCCGCCGCUUCCUGUGGCACCGCGUGUGCUUCUGGUCGCCCAGCGACAUGCCAGCAGGCUCGGUGAUCUUCGUGGGGAAGCGAGACUCGCUCGUUCCGUACCGGUACGUUCAGCACCGGUUUGCGAUGGACGAGCGGCUGCACGUGAUCACGAAGGACUGCGUGCACGGGGAGUGUCUGACCAACCCCGUCUACACUGGAGAGAUCAUCGACGCACUCGUGCCGCUGCUGCGGCCGAGCGAGGGGGCGCGCGGCGGGCAGCGCGGGGCCGACGCUGCGCAGACGCUGCGGGUCGAAGCGUGA